UCCCGGAAGCAGAAGCCGUAGCGAAACGAAGGCGAGUGUUUGGCAUACUGUUAUGAGUUGAGUUCUUGGCUUCAAAACAAACAUUUCCACGGACCGGCGCGCAUUAAGCAAGUUGUUGGUUAGGUUCAGGGCCGCCCCUCCCUACACGUAGAUCACGCAGACUACAUGGGGCCUCAUCUUGCGUGGGCCCCCCGUCGACACUCGCAACACAUAAGGAGGGCCUCAUGAAACACCUUUGUGUGGGGACACAAGUUAGCCAGGGGCAGCCCUGGUUAGGUUGGUGCACUUGGUUGACCUCAGGAAACUGCUAACCUUGAUUCUUGUAUCUCUUGUCAACAUCUCUUUCAGUGAUGUACCGACCGGCCUUGGUGGCACUUGCAGUGCUGCUCUGCUCUUCACCCUUUGUCCAUGGAGGUAAAGUGUUGGUGGUCCCCUUGGAUGGAAGCCACUGGAUCAACAUGAAAGUUCUUGUUGAGGAACUUCACUCUAGAGGUCAUACAAUCACAGUGUUGAGGUCAUCAGACAGCAUGUACAUCAAGCAAGAGUCUCCUUACUAUGAGUCCAUCACAAUGGAUUCCUCUGCUGGUUUUAAUAAGGAAAUCUUUGGGUCAUUUACAACCACAAUGAUAAACAUGCGGCGAAGAGGAGCUUCACUUUGGUCUCGUAUAUCUCUGGAGUAUGAAAUGGGGAAGCAGUUUUCUCAGAUGCACAAAAAUCAGGUUGAGAUGGUAGGGGAAAUUUUUGAGAAUACCCAACUGAUGCAGAGCCUGAAUGAUGCCAAGUAUGAUUUGGUUUUGACAGACCCUGGACUCGGUGGAGGGGUGUUUCUUGGUCACCGUUUGGGUCUUCCACUUGUCUUCAAUGUGAGGUGGACUGUUCAGGGGGAUGGUCAUGAUGCAAUUGCCCCUUCCCCAUUGUCAUAUGUCCCAAUAUCAGGGACAGAGAUGACUGACAAGAUGACUUUUCCUCAACGGGUCAAGAACUUACUUAUGUAUGUCUUAACACGGUUUCUAAUCUGGCAUAUCACAGAUUCAAACUACACACCAUUUGUCCAGCGUUACUUUGGAAAUGAUGUUCAUUACAUGGAGCUUUUUCAGGCAGCAGACAUCUGGCUAAUGAGGAACGAUUUUACCUUUGAGUUCCCAAGACCCACAAUGCCAAACAUUGUCUACAUGUCAGGAUUUCAGUGCAAACCCUCCAAGCCCCUAUCUAAAGAAUUAGAAGACUUUGUCCAGAGCUCUGGUGAGCAUGGUGUUAUCGUUAUGACUUUGGGAACCCUGGUAGCAGCACUUCCUGAGGACAUUACUGAGGACAUUGCUGCUGCUUUUGCCCAACUUCCUCAGAAGGUGAUCUGGAGGCACAAAGGCAAAAGACCAUCAACCCUCGGCAACAACACCUUACUGUUGGACUGGCUGCCUCAAAACGACCUCCUGGGUCACCCCAAGACCAAAUUGUUUGUGGCCCACGGAGGCACCAAUGGAAUCCAGGAGGCCAUCUACCACGGUGUACCCCUUGUGGGCCUGCCCCUCAUGUUUGACCAGCCUGACAACUUCUUCAGGAUGAAAGCAAGAGGUGUGGCCCAAGUCCUGGACAUUGCAACUGUGAACAAAGACAACUUCCUGGAGGUGCUGAAGGAGGUACUCUAUGACCCAACCUACAGGGAGAAGAUGAGGGUGCUGUCUAACCUGCACAGAGACCAGCCCAUGAAACCACUGGACAAGGCCAUGUUCUGGAUCGAGUUUGUGAUGAGGAACAAGGGAGCAGCCCAUCUUAGGACAGAGUCUUACAAGAUGUCCAAGAUCCAGUACCACUCGAUCGAUGUGGUAGCGUUUCUACUGGCAGUUAUGUUGCUAGUAUUAACAGUUUUUCUUGUUGCAGUUAAAGUUAUAUGGAAAUGUUUGUUUUCUAGAAGCAAGGUCAAAAGUGAAUAAUGAAUAUACUGCUACCUACAUACACAGUCGUACAUUUUUAAAAACAUUUAUACUUGGUAACUAUUCUGAACUGUAUCAAGAUGUAUUAUGAGCAUGUCUUACAUUGUUAUCCUAACUUUAGCUUUAGUGUGUGUAUCCAGGUUUUAGAAAAUGUUGUUGGUAUAAUCUUUUUUUAAUUAAUUUCACAAAUAGCUGUAUAUUACGAUUGUCUGUCAAUAAGACUGGGGGAAGGACUACUUGCUUUUUAUUUUAUCAUGACUUUUAGCUUUGAUAUGACGUUGUUCUGUGAUUGUUCCACGGAUCUAUGUGGAUAUCAGUUUCUGUUUAUUUCUCACACGCAUCUAGUAUUUCACAUUAUCCUGUUGUCCUUUUUAAUGAUCAUUUGUGGCAUGUUGCCUAUUUGAGAGCUAAGAGUCAUGUAGGGAGACAUGAAGACGGAGGGGUAGGACAACAAAGGUGCAGUAAAGGUCCCCAGGCAGCCAAACCUGGGACCUUUUGGUUAUUUGGUUGGCACCAUUGAAGCUUAAAUGUACAAUGUGUAAGAUAAGGCCAGCAAAAAUGUCCCACACUAUCGUGUAUAUGUUAGAAAGCUGACGCUAUGUUGAAAACUAUAAUCAAACAAAUCUACUAAUAUUAGCAUGCUUAGCAGAGCUUGGUGCAAUCUGUCAUGUAAUACCACUUUUUAUUUUAGAGGCCUUAGUGUCUCACUGUGACGUCCAGUAUGCCUUCAGUUCUGAGGACUAAGAAGUAGCGUCGAUCCAAGGGUUUAUCAAUACUGUAAUACAUCCAUUGUACAUUUUUAUAUUGGAUUUAAUUAAAGUGGCAUAAAAUACACUUUAUAGAUCGGUUAGCUGUAGGGGGAUGAUGAACCGAUAUUAAGGCCACCCCCCACAACUGCUCGAGCAAAUCAAGAGUUGAGCACAGCCACUUGGCUUCUACGUUAGCACCACAGUUUGGCUAGAAUUACUACUACUAAAACCUAACCAUAAUAGCUUUUAUAAAUACAUUAAUGAUAGAAUUGAGACUUGCUCAAUGACACACAUUUGUAAUUCAUGUUUCAGUCGGAGUCAUCUGCAUGUCUGCAGUCACUGUUAUUAUUACACACAGUUUAAGUUGAAUGUUCACUGUGUGAAGCACUUUGGAGUGGGAAACACUGGAGGCCUGCCCCUACUCCCCGCCAGAUCAGGACACGUUCUGUGGCUACCAUAACACAGGCUAACGCCACAAGUAAACAUUACAAGAUUGCAUGGUGUUAUUUGAUCUGUUCGUUGAGUUUCAUUAGUUUGGCGGAAGUUUCUCUGGGCAAAAGUCAAACUGACCAAGGGCACUUUUAUGAUUUGAUGUUGGCCCUGGGGAAUUGUCAGUCAUAUGGUCAUUUAUGAUUUAACUAUGUUAUGGGUUGUGUCUCUUCUGUGAGCAUGGCAACAAAGAUGAAAAAAGAGUUUAGUAUGGUAUGAGACUCACUGUUGUAGACAGUGGAGAAUUCUGCAGCUGUCAGCAGAGGACGGUGGUCCUGCUCCCUGUGUACAUCUGACUCCCUGUGGUGGAGAGAGGAAGGACUGCAUGGAGACACAAAGAGAGAGAGAGACACAGAUGAUAGAUGGUUAUCACCAUACAGGAACAUGUUCAUUUAGAUUUUUUUUUAACUAUCUCUGACUAAUAAAAUAUUAUUCAAAUGGA